AAUUUGUACAGAUGUUAGAGAAUUGAACCAUAACUACAGGCAGAUAAACCGGAUUGUAUAACACAGAAGUAUAAAUGCCGUAUUAAAUCAAACAGAGUGGAAUAUCAGCAAGCAUGUUGAAUGGUGUUGUUAUAUUUGCUAUUGGCUUAGUUCUAGCUAACGCCGAACCGGAAGCAAGACAAAAGAGAAAUGGUGAAUUUACUCAGUAUUUUUUGUACAACAGAAUUGCGGAAGGUGCUGAACUUAAUUUGAAAACACCGAGUCCAGACGUUUUAAGAUACCUGCCUACUGUGGUAAUAGUACAUGGUCAUGAGGGAUCCUACGACACAUCGCUUAAUCUAGAUCUCAGAAGAGAAUUUCUGGAGUCCCAAGAUGUUAAUGUGAUAUCAGUAGAUUGGUCGAUCUACUCACACAUGACAUAUGAACAAGCUCAAAACUUUGUGUUGAGUAUAGGCGAAUUCUUAGCAAAUUUUCUAAGGAAUCAGCAGAUUAAUCUUGCGUCAACUCACUUGAUUGGAUUCGAUUUGGGAGCGCAUAUUGUUGGAGUCGCUGGCAGAAAGCUCAAUGGUGUUGCCAGAAUUACAGGUCUUAGUCCAACAGCCAAUGACAUCAAAUUAUCCAGUACUGACGCGAAAUACGUAGAGGUGAUCCACACAGGCACAGGCUGUUCCUCGCGCAAGGGUAUUGCCGACAAGUUAGGACAAGCAGACUUCUAUCCUAAUGGUGGAAACUGCCAACCUGGGUGUCCAAACAGUGAUUGCCACCACAACAGAUCUUGGAUGUACUUCGCUGCGUCAAUCCGAGACAACACGUUUAAUGCUAAUUGUUGUAACAAUAUGUUUGAAAAGGAUGUCAAUAUCUGCAAGGGCAGUUACAUUCCGAUGGGGAAUAAUAAGCUAGGAAAAAUGCCAUGUCAAUCUGGACUUUAUCGGGUGAACACAAAAGACUCAUAUCCAUUCUAACAUUGAUUCGAUCGUUCGAUCUUUUUAUCGUUUUUCAAGAUUGUAUUAUUAAAAGAUUUCGGUAAUAAACAUUAUUUAUUUACCCUGUA